AUGAUCUUCUUUUUAUUUAUAAUUAUUUAUUUAAAUCUAUUUCUUUUUAAUUCAACAUCUUCCUCACUAUCAAAUACGUUAGUUUUCUCAGCUGGACCAAAUUCAUAUGUUGCAUUCGAUUCAUGGCGUCCAUGUCUUAAUGGUUAUGUUCGUUUUGAUCUACGAACAAAUGCGCAUGACGGCACACUUGCUUACAUAGAUGAUCGUGGAAAAUUUGAUUUUUUUUAUUUAAAAUUAAUCGAAGGUAAACUACGUCUUUUAUUUAAUUUGGGAAGUGAUCGACAAGCGUUAAAUGUUAAUAUGAAUAUCAAUGAUGAUCAAUGGCAUACGAUUUUAAUAAAACGCGAUGGACAAAUAACAACACUUAGUAUCGACAAUGGUUUAGCAUCGAGUUCAACAAUAAGCUAUUCUGAAGAUUUAUAUUUUGGUGGUACAACACAUAAUGAAUAUCAAGCAUCACCAUUUUAUUUUGGAGGUAUUCCAGCAGCAUUGGAACGGCCAAGUAAUGGAAAUCUAUCCUCCUAUGAUGUUUUCAUGCAACCACGAUUUCGUGGUCGAUUGCGUAAUUUAAUCUAUAAAAAUUGUACCAACUCUCGUCUUAUUCAACCAGUUCAUUUACAAAUCUCAGGCGGUGUUUCUCUCAUACAAAAUACUCAAUGUUCAACUCAACCGUGUGGUGUUGGUAUUUGUCUAGUUACUGAUACUAAUUAUAAAUGUUUGUGCGAUGAAACCGAUUAUCAAGGUGAGCAUUGUGAGCACGAGCGUAAACCACAUGAAUUAACAUUUAAUGGUAAAAAUUAUUUAAAAUAUAAUUUCAAUCCAUCAUUAUCAAGUGUAAACGAAAUAAUACAAUUUCAAUUUAAAACAAAUCACUAUAAUGCAUUACUAUUUCAUUUAACUGAACCAAAUCUAUACAUUAAAUUAAAACAGGGCCAAAUCAUCAUGGAAUAUCGUUACAAUAAUCAAUGGUAUGAAUCCUCGACAAAAGAUCUUUUUCUUGUUGAUAAUCAAUGGCAUUAUGUACAAAUAAAACGUAAUCAUGAACAAUUAACAAUGAUGAUCGAUGAAUAUCAUUUACAAUUGGACAGUGAUAUGAACAUAGAAAAAUUAUUUAAUUUAACUGAAGUAUUUAUCGGUGGAAAUAACAAUGAAAAUUUUGAAAAAUUCUAUGGCUGCCUAAAAGAUAUAACAUUUGUUGUCAAUGAUACAUUAACUUAUCCUAUAAGUGAUCAUUUUCUAAAUAAACAAAUCAAUCAAAAUAGUUUACGUUGUUCAUCGUUAUUAAGUCCCAUUGAGUUUCUUAUUUCAUCAUCGUAUAUAUCAUUUGACUUACCGGAAUAUGUGCAACAAAUGACAAACUAUCAAUUAAAUAUAUCAUUUCAUUUUCAAACAUACUCAUCGGACGCUAUUCUAUUAUAUAGUACAAAUAAAUAUAAUGAUGAUUUUCUCGGAUUUGAUUUAAUUGAUGGAUUUUUCUAUUUGACAAUUAAUUUAAAUAAGAAAAAACAACGACAAGAAUUAUUUCAACAACGUCUAAACAAUGGACAAACACAUUUCAUUUUUUUACACAUACAAGGUUAUCAAGGUGGCAUAGAAUUUAAUGUUACAAUGAAUUAUAGACAAAGUAAUAGAAUUACACUUAGAAAUUCACAAUCGAAAAUUCAAUUACAUAAACUGACUAUUGGUGGUAUUAAUCCAAAUAUUCAAUGGUUACCAAAUAACUUUUGGUCUGGUAUAAUGCGUCGUGGAUUAGUCGGUUGUUUUUCAGAUCUUGAAUUGAAUAAUGAAGCAAUUAACUUAACCAAAUAUAUAAACUAUACAAAUAAUAAUAUGGCACCAAAAAGUGGUCCAUGUUUAACGACAUUAUCAUCAAAACGUGAAUGUUCAUGUGAACAUGGUGGUGAAUGUCGAUUAAACAAUGGUGGAAUAUGGUCGUGCGAUUGUUCGAAAACUGGUUAUACUGGUCGACGAUGUGAACAUGCUACCUAUCAUAUAGAUUUAACUAAAAUUAAUACAUUCGAAUUAAAUACAAAUUUACAAUGGAGUGAACAAGUUAAUGAUAUUGCAUUUGGAUUACAGGCUAUGCAUGAUCAUGAAAAUUUCCUAGAACUACGUCCAUGUCGUCAAAUAUUAAUAUGUGACUCAAUAAGUUUUUCAAUUCGCAAUGGAUUAUUAAAUAUAAAUUUUCGUUAUUCCAAUACGACAAUAAAUAUGACAACAGAACAUCCUUUGCUACUUGAUAAUCAAUGGCAUUAUAUUCAAUUGUACCGUGUUGAUACAAAAUUAUUAUUACAUAUUGAUCAUCAUAUAGCUCAACAACGCAUGAAUCUAAUUGAAACCAACCUUUCAGCAUUAUCAACAAUAUGGUUAAUAUUCAAUGGUAAUAAACAAAUACGUAUCGAAGAUUUGCGUAUCUAUGAUCAAUCGAUAAAUUCAAAAUUCUUUUUAAAUAAUCAAUAUGAACAAAUUCAACUAAAACAUCGCACAUGGAAACCUUUAAAUUCUAUAUCAUUUUAUGAACAACGAGAUUCUUAUAUAACAAUAUCAUUAAAUGAUAUAGUUUGUCAAGAAUGUGAAUUAGAUACGCUCUAUUUUGAUUUUCGUACAACAGAAUUAACUGGUCUAAUUCUAUUUGCUAAUAUUCAAACAAGCAGCCCGAAAAUGAGUUAUUCACUGGAUAAUAGACUUGAAAAAGAUGGUCACUAUUUAGUUAUAAAAUUAGUGGAUGGUCAAUUACAUUUAAUUGUUAUUCUUGCAACGUCUAAUGAAAAUGAAGAUGAAAUUCAUCAAAUUCAAACAAAAACACGUUUCAAUGAUGGCCAUUGGCAUCACAUAUCUUUACAUCGCAGUAGCGAUUAUCAUCUAGAAUUAAUGAUUGAUUCAUUUGAAUAUUACCUAUUAACAUCCAUACAUUUUAUUGAUACAAUUUAUUUUGGUCGGCCAUCAUUUUUAUCAUCCGAUAUUCCAGCAAUUAACCAUAUAGCUACAUUGAAAACAUGUUUAGCGUCAUUAACAAUAAAUAGUCGUUCAAUAAAUUUUCAUGAAUACAUUAAAACAAGUUCUCAAAUACGAAAUGAUUGUUUUCUUGAUUCUCAAUGUCCAUUGCGUAAUUGUCAAAAUACGGGUAUUUGCAUUGGCCGUAUGAAAUGUAAUUGUCAACAUACAAGUUUUCAAGGAGAAUUCUGUAUGGAAUUACGAACUGGUUAUUUCUUCAGUGAGUAUACAGCUGGCUUAAUAUUUGAUCAACCAUUUCAAGUCGAUAAUAGAUUAUUGACUUAUAAAAUAUCGUUUGGUGUUGUAACAAAAACGAUUACAGGUGAAAUCAUACGUGUUAGUGAUCAAAUACAAAUCGAAUUACAUCGUGGACAUAUUAGAAUAAAGCUGAUUGCUAAUACAAAUAAUGAUAAUGAAUUUGUAGAAAAUGAUGUGAUGAUUAACGAUGGUUAUUAUCAUCUCGUACAAAUUCAAUAUAAUUCAAGUGGUUGUUUAAAUUUAAAUGUUGAUAAUAAAUCAAUUUUGAAAGAAUUAACAUCUCGAUUAUCAUUUGAUAAACCUUUACUUUUAUUGAUUGGACAAAAUCCAGCUUUUCGACAUGGAUUUCAGGGUCAACUUUACGGUCUUGAAUCUGAUAUCUAUCCAGUAUUUGAUAUGAUUGCUCCAACAUUCCAACGUAUAUCAUAUUCACCAAUACAAAACAAAAUGUUUUCUUCUUCUUCUUCUUCUUCUUCUUCUUCAUUUUCAUCAAUUAUUUAUCCCACAUUACAAAACCAAAAUGAUUUUAUAUCUUCAUUAUGUUCAUCCGAAUCCUAUGAUGCGAUAUGUGUAGUUACAUCCGAUACGAAUGCACGUUCAUUAUCAUAUCCUAAUGUAACACUUCUAACAUUUUUACCAACACAUAAAUUCUCAUCAUCUUCAUCGUCAUCUUUAUAUUCUACUUCAUUGAUAUCGCGGCCUGCCGUAUCCUAUUCAACUACAACAGUCUCCUAUUCAUUUGGUAAUUUUUCAACAUUAACAUCAGCAAAUUUUACAUCUAAUUCAACUCCUUAUAAUAAAAAUCCACCAUUGACUAUUUCUAUUCGAAGUCGUACUACUGAUAGAAUAAGAAAAUUUUUCUCUAGGCCAAAACUUUGGAUAAUCGUAGUUCCUGUUUUAUGUGGAAUUCUGUUCUGUUUACUGUCUGCUCUUUGUGCUUUUAUAAAAUAUCGUCGAAAAGAUGUUGGUGUUUAUGAAGUUGAAGAAGCUCAACGUUUUCGACCAUUAAUUGUUGAAUUAACUCCAUCACCCGGUGAACGCAAUCAAGAUAAUAAUCAUUCAACAGCAACUUCUUUGACGACAUCACUAACACGACACGGAUCAAAAACCGAUAAUGUAAAAUCACAUAAAAAUCGAAAACGAAAAAAAUCUCCAUUAACAGCAGCUGAUGAACAGCGUGAAUUUUAUAUUUGA